AUGGGGUUCUGGGAGGCUUUUCUCAACUGGCUCCGCAGCCUCUUCUUCAAGCAAGAGAUGGAGCUUUCCUUGAUAGGGCUCCAAAAUGCUGGGAAAACAUCACUUGUGAACAUCAUUGCUACUGGAGGCUUUAGUGAGGAUAUGAUCCCUACUGUAGGAUUCAAUAUGAGAAAGGUUACCAAAGGAAAUGUGACGAUAAAAUUGUGGGAUCUUGGAGGCCAACCAAGAUUCCGGAGCAUGUGGGAGAGAUACUGCCGUGCGGUUUCUGCAAUUGUGUAUGUUGUUGACGCGGCAGAUCGAGAAAACAUGGCCAUUGCAAAAGGGGAGCUCCAUGACCUCUUGAGCAAGCCAUCUUUGACCGGGAUCCCAUUAUUAGUCAUUGGCAAUAAAAUUGACAAGCCUGAAGCUUUCCCUAAGCAAACCUUCACAGAACUAAUGGGCCUAAAGACAAUCACUGACCGAGAAGUGGCAUGCUUCAUGAUAUCAUGCAAGAACUCGACCAACAUUGAUUCUGUCAUUGACUGGCUGGUGAAGCACUCGAAAAAGAAGAAUUGA